AUGAUCCGCUGGAGGGCAGCGGUGGUGGUUAGCCUAUGGGCUACCCAAGGCUGUGGCUGGUGGCAUCCAGCCUUAGAGCCGAUGGAGGACGAGCCACCACGGUUCCAAGAGGAUCCUGCUGGCUAUGUCAGAUGGUGGAGCAACAGCACCAUCAACCAGGCCCACUGGCUCUUCAAGGAGUGGCGGCCGGGCACCUGGGAUGGGCUGGUGUGGUCCAUUCUGGACACCAUUUUGAGCGGCUUCGGGUGGAUGAUCUUCGGGCAGAAUUGGGCAAGUGUUCGCAGCGGCUGCUCGUUAGUAAUUCGCCUUGGGGCACUGAUGGCUUUGUGCCUCCUCACCCACUACGUCCUGUCCUUGUGCUGGCCGUUGUGCUCCUUGUUCAUCGGCACCCUCCUGACGAUCAUCUGGGUCCUACGAGGUUUAAUCGUGAAGGUGGUGGACAGCUCCAGCAUCAAAACGAAUGGCAUCUUCCUCACCAUUGAGCCCGAGGCUACUAGGGGUGAUGCCGCCCUUUUGUUGGCGCUCCAGGGCUGUGACAAGGUGCACCUAUGUCGGCAUGAUUCGUGCCAAGAGGAGGGUCAGCAUUUCAAGCUCUAUGCCCUCGCGAGUGAGUUGAAUGCCGAGCACUUCCAUUUGGCCACCUCGGCCAAGGACGCGAAGCGAGCUGGUUCCAGGAUCUUUGCCUGGAUGAGACGGGGCGCUUCGACUACGGCCAAGCGGCUCAAGGACUACACCUCGGAGUCAGAGUAUGCCCAGCUGAGAGCCUCACAGAAGUGUUCCAUCAUGGGUUGCUACAAGCUCGGCUAUGUCACCAAGCAGGGGAAGCUUCCACCGGCGGGAGAAGAAGCAGAUGAACCAGAAGAUGGUGAAGGUGAUGCUGGUCUUCGUCGACGAGUUCGUCCACGUGGGGUCAGCUACGACGUGGAGGAGGCGGAGAAUACGCUAAAGGAGGUGAGAGCAGAAGAGGAUCGGACGGCUACGCGGCGUAGGACUACAGCUUCCCCGGGACACACACCAAAGUCUUCUGUGCAACACAACCUGGCUAGGCUUGGCAUGAUCAACUCGCCGGACCGGAAGGGAUUGGCCUCGAUCUUGGAGGAGUUCAUGGAGCAGUUGGUGGAUGGAAAGACUUUGGGCUUGGAGGAAGAGGAUAUUCGCAAGCAGAUGGCCGCGCAGUACGGCAUGACCCUGGUCGACCUCACCAAGCAGCUGUUCGAGCAGGCCACGGAAGAGCAACGGAAAGGGACAAAAGGGCUGACCAAGUUCCUCGCCAAGUGGCGGAAGCAGGCAGCAGCUCGAGAGAGCUCCAGUUCUGACAGCUGGUGCGUGGUCACCCCAAGUCAGUCUCCGGGGGCAUCUACGGCACCUCGAAGUGAAACCGCUACCCCUGAGAGUGUGAAGGAAGAGGUGCCACGAUCUCGAAAGCCUCCGGGUUUGGUCACUUUAGCACCGCCUGGGAUCUAUGACCCUGAUCGGAAGGCCGGAACCGGUGAAGAACAGCAGCCGCAGUCCGAGAUGGUGGGCAUCGCCAAAGCAAUCCAGCAGCAAACAAACGAAUUGGCCUCGUUGGUGAAAGCGCAGCAGGAGAGCACGAUGGCCCCAGGCGGCUCCGUGAAGAGUUUGGGACGAACCUCAGAAGAACUGGUUUACCUCCUUCGUGCAUGCGAGCAGUAUACUGUGCAGGUCGGCGGCGGAGAGUAUGGGGCCGCGCUGGCUAGCGCUCUGCUGGCCGCACAGGCAGGAGCCUCAACGAAGUUGCGCAAUGCAGGCUUCAGACAAAAAGUCACCACGAGGCUUGCCGUCGGAUUGGCUGGGCCACACUGGGGAACGCAAGAGAAGUACGCAUUGUCAGCAGCUGACUUCACCCCGAGCACCGACGCGGAGUUGGACCAGUUCGCCAUCGAGAGCCGCACCGGGAAGGUCUUGACUGAGCAGAGACCAGCAGCCCCAACCCGAUAUGAAGACUGGAUUAGCCGGGUCAGGAGACAAAACGACAUUUGGGCUCUCGUAUACGGAGCCGAAUGGAAGAAUGUGAAGGAUCAUGCCGCAAAUCUCCUGAGCGAGUGGCAUCUUGGUGCCCCACACCGGUGGCCGCUGCAGGUGCUAUGCGACGUGUGGGAAGAACUGCACUGGCGCUUCAUCGAAGAGCUCAAGGAGGAGUUGCGUAAGAUCAAGAAGUUGGCCGGGCGAGAAUCCAUGACCUUGCAGGACCUCAAGUUCUAUGCGCUCAUGCCAAAUGAACAAGGAGAACCCCCUCUGCAGCUGCCGCGCACUUUUGACCUCAAAAACCCGGAUGGGUGGUUCAUGACCGAGGUUCUCCCCCGUAUCGAACGUCGACAGGAAAGGAUGCUCUGGAAGAUGACCUGGGAAGGAGCAGGAAAAAACCGAAGCCAAGGGCAGUCGGCUGGUGGGGACGGUGGAGCACCAAAAGGGGAGAAGACCGGGUUGAGUCUCAAGAACCUCUUUGGCCCCAAGCUCACGCCGGAGGAAACCAACAAGGCGAAGGACCGGGCACCCACCAACAAGGACGGGAAGCUGUUGUGCUGGGGUUUCCUCACUCACCUGGGUUGCAACCAAACCAACUGCCAGCGAGCCCAUGAGCAGCUGAAGGGCACCUUUGAGGCUUUGGACCCUGCAGUGCAGAUGCAGCUUCUACGACGUGGAGGCCUCAAGAGGAUGCGACCGGAGACCAAGGACAGCGUGGUGGAGAAGAUCAAGGCCCUAAGGAACCAGGUCAGUCAGGACAGGACAAGUAAGGUUCAGGAUGGCAAGGAUCGACGACGAGCUGGCCAAGAGGGAGAGCGAGAAACCCAAGAGUCAAGCCCGGAGAAGGCAGGAGGUCAUCGAGUCCAUUGGGAGGCCCCGGAGGAGAUGCGGAACGUGGACUUCACCGCCCAGGAGCAGGAGUUCGCGGAGAUGGUCAGAGGGCCAGAUGAGAAUAUCUUUCAACAUGUGGAACGUGAAGCACUACCACAUCCAGGACGAGGAGGUGAAUCAGGACCGUGGGAGGCGCAGGAGCUCAUCCGGAAAGCUCAGCAGCUGGCAGAUGGCCCUGUCCUGGGAGCUCUGAAGGAAGCAUCGGAUGACCUCUAUGCAUGGGCGGCCACGAGGGUCGCAAAUGAUCCGGCUGUGGGGCUUCAGGAGCUUCUCGAGGAAAUGAAUCAAUUUGACCUUGGGGAACUAGCCGCAGAGGCGGCCGCCAUCUUGGACAAGCAGGAUGGGGGAGAGAAAGCAGGCCAUGCGGGGCGGUGCCAAGUCGGUGAAUCAACGUGGGACUCCAGUGGUGUUGGCAGGGCUCUAGUCCAUGUGGACGGCACAGCGUGGGCUAUGUGGGACUUUGGCGAGAUGGUGGAGAUGACGGAGGAGCUGGCUGGGCUGCUGGGGGUCUUGGAGGCAGAGCCGGAGAAAAGGCAGUGUGUUACCAAGGUGCUAGCGGCUGGAUCGCUUUGGGCAAAGACCUCGAAAGUACCAUCCAUGGAGGAGGUCGAGAUCACAGCCAAACAGUUCCGCUUGGAGCAGGCCCGGCUGGCGGCCGAUGCAGAAGGGGUCAUGGGACAUCCUGAAGCCAAGGUGGCCCCAGUGGAGCAUGAGCUGCGCAUGUACUCCCAUGAUAUCCUAAAGGCCCAUCACGACAAAGAUUACAGAGCGCUGGCGGUUUUUCCUUUGAACGACCUGGACCACCUCAGGUUGGUAGUGCUCAGAGUAGACUACAAGGGGGAUCUCUUGGUCGAGACGGUCACAGGAAGCCAGUGGACGGAGCAGCAGCCCGACGUGUGGGCGUUGAUCUGCCGCGGACACAUGACACUGCUCGUUCCUCCGGAUCCCGCGGAGGCCAGGAAGCUGAUCCUCAAGGAGGAGGCGUACAAUACCCCCAGCUUUGGCUUCAGAUAUUUCUGGCACCAGCGACAUGAUCAGCCUCGAACCAGCCCUGGUAUUCUGGCUUGCCGUUUGUGUAAGCCAGGGCGGAAGGGAGGGAGCAAGGAGCCCUAUGGCAUGGUGCGCAAGACUUCGUGCUUACCUGCUUUGGCAAGGGUGUUGGCGGGUAGUCCCCAGCCAGCCCGACCGGUUCCUCCCGCUGCUGGACGCCAAGGACUCGUGCUCCGUGAGUACUUUGCUGGCCAUGGGGUCAUCACGAAGGGUUGGCAGGAGGCCGGCCUCACAGCGCUGGAGCCAGUGGAGCUCUAUCAAGAUCCUCAUCAACAGCUUGGACCACGCCAGGAGCACGAUUUGUCCGUGAAGGAGAACCAGAGCAAGUACCUCCAGGGCAUCCAGCAGGAUGAGACCAACGUGGAAUGGAUUGCCGCUCCGUGCACGACUUUCUGCGAUUGGGCACUUCAGAAUGGGGGGCACUCGCACCUUCGACAAACCAGAGGGAUUACCCACGCCAAAAGAGCAUCAGGGCAACGUGCUGUCGGCCUUUGGCGCGCAAGCCUUCGAAGCGGCCAUGCAGCGCGGACAUUUCCCCAUUGCAGAGAGCUCUGGACCCUCAGGCCGAUACCCUAA